AUGACAGUCUACCAACACAACGAGGCGCCCAAUGCCUUCGUCCGUAUCGCUCGCAAGCUUUACAACCCCAUCGGUUUCCACAAAGGCUACAACUUCACCCUCCUCUUUAUCUUCGGUGGAGCCCUCCUCGGUUUCGCCCUUGCUCGAACACCUUAUCUCAAUGUCAAUGACAACUUUCUGCCUAGAGCAGCUCCCGGUGAAGGUACGCUUACUUCUUUACCUUGCGCCGCGAUAUGGCCGUGGACGUUUGGACUAUCAUCUUCCGAGUGCACUGCUUACUCUUCAACAGCAUACUGGUAUCGGCAGAGUUGGUACAACAUCGGAAUCAGCAUUCAUCUCCUCUGCAUCAUCCCGGCUGCUAUCCUCGCCAUUGUCCAAUUCAUACCCAUCAUCCGCUACCGUCUCCUUCUACUCCACCGCAUCAACGGCUACCUCGUCGUCCUCCUCUUACUCGUCAGCAACGUCGGCGCAUUAAUGAUCGCCCGUCGAGCCUUUGGCGGAACACCAGCAUCACAAGCCUGCAUCGGAACCCUGGCAAUCGGGACUACAACAGCAGCAAUACUGGCAUACAUCAACAUCAAACGCUUGCAGAUCGAACAACACCGUGCCUGGAUGUUGCGAUGUUUUUUCUGGCUUGGGUGCACCGUCACAGAGCGCAUUAUUCAGAUCAUCGCCGUGCAGGUCAUCAGUAUGAUUGGGUCGUACUACGUCGCGAUCCCCUGCCAACAAAUCACCGGUGCCGGCGGCGAUGCCAGUCGUUAUCUGUCGUGCCAAGCCGAUGCUGAUGGAUGGGCCGUUGUGCAUGCGGCCUUUUCUAACGCGCAAGGCGUCGAGGAAGUGGCGGCGAUCUUUCAGUUGACAUUUGCCAUGUCGCUUUGGUUGGCGUUUGCGAUACAUGUCGUUGGAGUGGAGGUCUACCUGCACUUGACGAAGGCGGAGACGGAAAGGCUGAGAAAGGUCUCGUACGAGAGGCAGUUGGAACGUGGCAUGCGACAUCCUGGCAGCGAAGGUCUGACAGCUGACCGCUUGGGCGAUGUAGAGCCGUGGCGACCGUCAGCUACGAAAGAGACCGACCGAAGACGAUCAGACAGCGACAGCAACAGCAGUAACGACACCAUCACGAAGCCUAAGGCUGCCUUGGGUUGGGAGUAA